GCUGGGAGGGUUCGUGGCCUACAUAAGCGCCAGGCGGGCACCGUGCGCCCGUGCCGUGCCGAGACCCAGCAGAUGCGCUUGCGAAGCCAUGGCCAGGCUGACGGGCGCCCGGCCCGUGGCUGCCCGCCGCUGGGGCUGCGCUGCCGCUGCCGUCUUCCUCCUCCUCCCCACCGUGCAAGCCGCCCAGAAAGCCGACCUUAGUGGCGACGCCACGGCAGCCACCAUCAACCACUCGCUGACGCUGCUGCAGCGGCUGCAGGAGCUGCUGCAGCACGGCAACGGCAGCGACUCGGUGCUGCGGGUGCGCACGGCUGCCUCCGAUGAGGCCAAGGUCUUCCACACCCACCAGCUGCUGCUCAGCCUCCAGAGCGAGGUCUUCGAGAGCCUCCUGCGCAACCAGAGUGUCGUCACCCUGCACGAGCCGCCUGAGACUGCUGCGCUCUUUGAGAAGUUUAUCAGGUACCUGUACUGCGGAGGGGUCUCCAUCCUGCUGCACCAAGCCAUCCCCAUGCAUCAGCUGGCCAGCAAGUACCGGGUGUGGGGGCUGCAGCGUGGCGUGGCCGACUACAUGAAGACCCACCUGGCCAGCGAGUCGAGCCAGGGCCACGUGGUGGGCUGGUACCACUACGCCGUGCGCAUCGGGGACGCGGCGCUGCAGGAGAGCUGCCUCCAGUUCCUGGCCUGGAACCUCUCGGCCGUGCUGGGCAGCGCCGAGUGGGGCUCGGUGAGCGUGGAGCUGCUGCUGCUGCUGCUGGAGCGCUCCGACCUGGUGCUGCACAGCGAGCUGGAGCUCUACACCGCCGUGGAGGGCUGGUUGGGCCGCCAGCAGCCUGAGGGUCCCAUGGCUGAACGGGUGCUGCGUGCCAUCCGCUACCCCAUGAUCGCGCCCAGCCAGCUCUUCCGGCUGCAGGCGCAGUCGGCGGUCCUGGCACGGCACUACAGUGCGGUGCAGGACCUGCUCUUCCAGGCUUUCCAGUUCCACGCUGCCUCCCCCCUCCAUUUUGCCAAGUAUUUCGACGUCAACUGCAGCAUGUUCCUGCCCCGCAACUACCUCGCGCCCAGCUGGGGCUCCCAGUGGGUCAUCAACAACCCAGCGCGGGACGACCGCAGCACCAGCUUCCAGACCCAGCUGGGUCCCAGCAGCCACGACGCCGGUAAGCGGGUGACCUGGAAUGUCCUCUUCUCGCCGCGCUGGCUGCCCAUCAGCCUGCGGCCCGUCUACUCGGACUCAGUCUCGGGUGCCGUUCAGCCGGUACGCAUCGAGGACGGUCGCCCCCGGCUCGUCAUCACCCCGGCCAUGAGCAGCCCCGACUUUGCCGGCGUCAGCUUCCAGAAGACGGUGUUGGUGGGCGUGCGGCAGCAGGGCCGCGUCUUGGUGAAGCACGCCUACAGCUUCCACCAGAGCUCGGACGAGGUGGCUGACUUCCUCGCCCACGCCGAUCUGCAGAAGCGCACCUCCGAGUACCUCAUCGACAACUCCCUGCACCUCCACAUCAUCAUCAAGCCCGUCUACCACUCCCUCAUCAAGGUGAAGAAGUAA